UUACAGUGGCUGCGUUUGUUUCAGAGGAGGCAGGACUGUAGGUGUGUCUGAGGAGGAUAUGCAGGCAGUGUAUUAAAAUGCAUUUGGCACCAGGAUGUCGUGAAAGAGCUGCACGAAGGGAAAGUCAGUUGAGAGAACACACACUCAGGCAGGAGUAAGAAGAGACUGUUAGUUCCUUCAGCGCCGACAAACGUGAAAAUGGAUUUUGUUCUAAAACCAGUGUUCGGAAUGCUUAAUUUCCUCUUCGUCUCACUAAGCAUUUGCCUGAUUCUGGCAGAAAAUAAUCGUAAUUGUGACGAUCCACUGGUAUCUACAUCGCCCCAGACAUCAUUUAAUAGUUCAUCACAGCUGUCUGAUAGUCACAGUCCUGGCUUUGCCAAGCUUAACAGACGGGAUGGAGCAGGAGGUUGGUCCCCGUUGGAUUCUAACAAAUAUCAAUGGCUAGAAAUUGAUCUUGGAGAGAGAACUGAGAUAGCUGGUGUUGCCACUCAAGGGAGAUAUGGGAGUUCAGACUGGGUGACAAGUUAUCUCCUAAUGUUUAGUGACACCGGUCGAAACUGGAAGCAAUACCGCCAAGAAGAAAGCAUCUGGGCCUUUUCAGGAAAUACAAAUGCAGACAGUGUUGUGCAAUAUAAAUUGCAGCAGCAUGUUAUAGCAAGGUUUCUGCGAUUUGUUCCUCUUGACUGGAAUGCAAAUGGUAGGAUAGGCAUGAGAGUGGAGAUUUAUGGAUGCUUAUACAAGUCUGAUGUAGCAGGUUUCGAUGGCAGCAGCUCAUUACUCUACAGGUUCAGUCAAAAGUCAAUACAAACAAUCAGAGAUGCAAUUUCAAUGAAGUUUAAGACUAUGCAGAAUACAGGGGUCAUUUUACAUGGUGAAGGACAGCAUGGGGACUACAUUACAUUGGAGUUGCAUAAAGGAAAACUCUUUCUACACAUUAAUUUAGACAGCGCCAAGGCACUUUCUUCUGACAGUCAUGCCUUGGUGACUCUGGGCAGCCUUCUUGAUGAUCAGCAUUGGCAUAGUGUACUUAUUGAACGAGUGAACAAGCACAUCAAUUUCACUGUGGAUAAAAACACACAACAGUUCCAAAUUAAAGGACAAUUUGACCCCCUGAAUAUUGACUAUGAGCUCAGCUUUGGAGGUAUCCCAAUUCCAGGGAAACCAGGGACCUCUUUGAAGAAGAGCUUCCAAGGGUGCCUGGAAAAUGUAUUCUACAAUGGAAUAAACAUCAUUGAUCUGGCUAAAAGACAAAAACCUGGGAUUCGUAUUGUGGGUAAUGUGACCUUUUCCUGCCCAGAGCAAGCCAAUGUUCCAGUCACCUUUGUGAGUCCUGCUAGCUACUUACUUUUGCCUGGAUCCCUGCAGAAAGACAGUAUAUCUGUCAAGUUCCAGUUCCGUACGUGGAACAUAGCUGGUUUGUUGCUAAGAAGCGAACUGUAUCAGGGUUCCGGAGUCUUGUGGCUUUACCUCAUUGAUGGAAAAGUAAAACUGUCAAUUUCCAAAUCUGGAAGGAACCUUGUCGAUGUUACUACAGGAACCACGCUGAAUGAUGGACAGUGGCAUUCUAUUGAACUUAGUGCUAGAAGGAAUCGUUUAAGUGUAACUUUGGACAAUGAUGCCUCUGCAGCAACUCAUGCCAGCUCACCAUUUUAUAUCUUUUCUGGAGGACAAUAUUAUUUUGGUGGUUGUCCUGAAAUCAUCAGUAAUCAAGGAUGCAAGAAUCCCUUCAGUGUUUUUCAAGGAUGCAUGAGACUUAUAUCUAUAGACAAGCAGGAUGUGAAUCUCAUCCAGGUGCAACAAAGAAUCACAGGGAAUUUCAGUGACUUGCACGUAGACUUGUGUGGUAUUAUAGACAGAUGCUCUCCAAACUAUUGUGAACAUGGUGGCAAAUGUUCUCAGUCCUGGAAUACAUUCUAUUGUAACUGUACAAAUACUGGUUACACUGGAGCCACAUGCCAUAGCUCAAUUUAUGAACAGUCAUGUGAGGCAUACAAGCACAAAGGAAAUGCAUCAGGCUUUUACUACAUUGAUUUAGAUGGAAGUGGCCUGCAGAGACCACUGCUAGUGUACUGCAACAUGACAGAUAAAACAUGGACGGUGCUACAACACAAUAACACAGAGCUGACUAAAGUGAGAGGCUCCAAUCAGCACACAGUUUAUUUUAACUACACAGCCAACAUGGAACAACUCCAGGCUAUAAUUAACCAAGCAGAGUACUGCGAACAGGAGCUAGUCUACCACUGUAAAAAGUCACGUCUUUUAAACACUCCUGAAGGAACGCCAUUCACUUGGUGGGUUGGAAGAACAAAUGAAUUGCAAACAUAUUGGGGAGGUGCAGUACCUGGGAGGCAGACAUGUGCUUGUGGCCUUAAGGAAAAUUGCAUUGAUACAAAACAUUUCUGUAAUUGUGAUUCUGACAGAAAUGAAUGGACCAAUGAUUCAGGUCUUCUGACCUUCAAAGAACAUUUGCCGGUUACUAAAAUUGUAAUUGGUGACAUAAACAGAGCCAGUUCAGAAGCUGCUUAUAAAGUUGGACUUCUGCAGUGCAAUGGUGACAAGCACUUUUGGAAUGCAGCCUCCUUCAAUACAGAAACCUCCUACCUGCACUUCCCAACAUUCCAUGGUGAACUAAGUGCAGACAUAUCAUUCUUAUUCAAAACCACAGCUUCAUCUGGUGUGUUUCUGGAAAAUCUUGGAAUUAAAGAUUUUAUUAGGAUUGAACUCAAAUCUCCUUCAGAAGUAAAUCUUUCGUAUGACGUGGGAAACGGUCCCUUUGAUGUAACCGUGAAGACGCCUACACGUUUAAAUGACAACCAGUGGCAUUAUGUGAAGGCUGAGCGGAAUGUAAAAGAAGCUUCGCUUCAAGUGGAUCAGAUACCAAGAAGGACUCAGAAAGCUCCCGCUGAUGGACACAUUCACCUGCAACUCAACAGCCAGUUAUUUGUAGGAGGCACUGCUUCUAGGCAAAAAGGAUUUCUUGGAUGUAUCCGUUCAUUGCAGUUAAAUGGAAUAACACUUGACCUUGAAGAGAGAGCCAAGAUUACCCCUGGUGUGAAACCUGGUUGUCCAGGACAUUGCAGCAGCUAUGGUAGUCUUUGUCACAACAAAGGAAAAUGCAUUGAGAAAUACAAUGGCUUCUCAUGUGAUUGUAGUUACUCAGCUUUCACAGGGCCAUUUUGCAAGAAAGAGGUCGCUGCAUACUUUAAGAGUGGAACAUCUGUCAUGUAUACAUUUAAGGAGCCUCAUGAGAUUAAUACAAACUCGAGUGCUCAGUCAUCUUCCAUUUACUCUGAUGUAACACUUAGAAGUGAGAAGAUUUAUUUUAGCUUCCGUACAACUCAGACACCAAGCUUACUAUUAUAUGUAAGCUCCUAUUACAAGGAAUAUCUGGCAGUUACACUGAAUAAAAAUGGCCAUUUACAAAUCAAGUAUAAGCUUCAUAAUAACAAAGCUCCAGACAUUUUCAGGAUAAAUUUCCGAAACCUGGCAAAUGGACACCCUCACGAAGUUGAAAUUGAUAGGGAAGGAGACAAGCUUUCUGUACAGAUUGACCAGCAUCCCAGAGAAGAAUUUAGUCUAUCAUCUGAUUUUGAGUUUAAUGCCAUCAAAUCUAUCAUCCUUGGAAAAAUCUUUGAAAGCAGUGACCUGGACCAAGAUAUUUCAAGGGUUAACUCCCUUGGAUUCAGUGGCUGUCUCUCCUCUGUGCAGUUCAACAACAUUGCUCCAUUAAAAGCUGCGUUGCUGUACCCUGAUUCAGCCCCAGUCACAGUGAAAGGACAGCUGGUUGAUUCUCAUUGUGGAGCUUCUUCAGCAGCUGAUCCGUCCUCAGUUGAAACAACGCAUUCCUUGUCAGAUCAUUCUGGUCCAUUAGAUGAGGGUGAGCCAAUAGUAAAUGCAAUCAGGAGUGACUCUGCUCUUAUUGGAGGUGUGAUAGCAGUCAUCAUAUUUGUCAUCCUCUGUGUUGUCGCAGUAAUGGCACGGUUUUUAUAUCAACGAAAAGAAACCUAUCGGAACAGGGAAGCAAAGGGACCACAGCAUGAUGACAACUCAGACCUUACUUUAAAAAAUGAACUCAACUCACAGAAUACACUGAGUGAAAAUCAAAGGGAAUACUUCAUAUGAUGAACGAUCAACAAAACAUAAGGAAUUGCAAAGCUUUGCCAAGACUGUCUUUAGACAUAAAAAUCUGUUGUGCAAAAGCAGUUUUCAGUUGUCAAGGCACAAUAGAUUAAACUGUGCAAAAUUCAAAUGUUCACCCAUUGUAUCUUUUGUUUGCUUUUUGUACUCCACAUAGAGUGAUAAUCAAGAGGUUGUGCUCCGGUCAUUCACAUUCCUGUAUUGUAGAUAUUCUGCACUAUGUAAAUGUUGCUCUGACAUGUUCGUAACAUACUCAACAAGUUUGCUUAACUCGUUUCUGUUCAAUUGUUUUUAUUUUACUGUGUUUAUUUAUUUUGGUUUAUUUAAAAUGUAACAAGGUCAAAUAUGCAUGUUAUUUUAGGUAAUAUAAGCGUACCCUAAAGUAGUAACCAAAAGCGAAGUCAUUUUAAAUGUGCGUUAGAUGUGAUCAAAGUGAGUCACAGCUGUGCUAUUUGUGUAAAUGUAGAGGCUGGACAGAAAACCAUGCUUUGUUAUUAUUGAAAGUGAAAUGAAGUCUGUGCAGUACAAGCGUAGGUGUGAUGCCACGGAUCAUCCAGCUCUAACAUUCUAACAAGAACCAUUAAAAAAGAUUGGAAAAAAAAUUUAAAUUAGAUUUUUGUUAUAUCAAGUAGCUAAAUAAUUUUGUUUGAGAACUUCUUUGUUUUAUUUUAUUAUUAUAAGCCUACUGAACAGUACAGGGUCAUUGGAAGGUACCAUCGUUUUCAUCGUCUGGAAAUAGCCUGUACAAAAGGGCAUGAAUGUCAAUCCAAGUACACCUGCUGUCGGAACUAGAGAGAACAUUACAAUAAAAUGAUGUGUCCUUAAAGUAAAAAAAACAAAACACACAAAUAGCUCUUUAUAUGUUGUUACAAAACUCCUGUGUACUGAUCCUGUAUAUUUAAUAUGUAUCGAAACACAUUUGCCAUUAAAUAGUGCCUCAUAAACACAAUCAAACAACCUAAAGAAGAUAUAUCUAAGACAUGAACUUUUAUCUGAAGCCAAACUGCAAGUGGUAUAAACUCUGAUGGAGACAUGUGGGAUCUCAAUGAAUACAUCCACUUUGCUGCUGGAAAAACUAAAACAACUCCUGAAGCUCACAGCUUUGCCACACGCAAGUUAUUCUGUCUUCCUCACUCAUAAAUUAUAAUCGCCUUUGAUUUCCUCUGUAUACACUGAAAAUGCACUACUGUAUUGUAUAUUAACAUCCCAGUAUGCAUGUCUCCCUCUUCUCUGUGAAGUAGCAACAUAAUAUUGCUCUGUCCUUCCUGAAUGUGGUUAUAGCUCAUUAUAUUUCAUAACCCUUGGGUAUGCUGGGAACUCAGCAGCAACGCACCAUCAGUGGAUGCUAAUGCAGCUUGCAGCUUUGCCAGUGUCUUGGGAUUUCUUGUUUUUAUAUAUACACAGUGCUAGCUUAACUGACAUGCAUCUUACGAUUCAGAACCUUCCAGCUAAUUGAUAACUGAUAAUUUUUCGUAAGUAACAUGUCUGUUUUUGUCUUAAGUAUCUUACUGGAUUUAUUUACCAGUUAUUAGUAAUUGCUCUUAAUUUGAAUUCAAUCUUCGUAUUUGUUCAUCGUUAUAUAAAAUGAUUUUGAGACCAUUUACUUCACCUUGCCACCGUUCUGCUGUAAUAAACAUAUUUGUAAGUGGUAAUAGUUUCUAGAGUGCCUGUUCGAUUUCAGUUCUCUGGGCAAAUGUGUACUUCUUUUUUUUUGUGGCUUUAACAAAAAGGUUAUUAUUGUAGUGCCUCUGUUUGCAAUGGAUAUAAUAUCCUAUAUUUUUAUAAAAAGUGUUUUUUUUUCGAUGCACUGUAUUUUUGCUAUAUGCGCAAUGUUCUGAGAAGCACGACAAUAUAUAAUCCAGUUGGAAGGUUUUAAAAUUUUAGACAAAAAAAAAAACAUCUGGUAACCACUGCAUUAUUCCCCAGUAAUAUGCUAUUUACAAUAUGUUUGCCCACCUCUGUUAGGUAACUAGACAUCUCAAUUAUGCCAGUUAGUUCUGAGAAUGACACAUUUUUUAAACACAUAGAAACCUUACAUUCUUCUUUCAUAUAGUUCAGAAAUGGUGCAUCUUCAAUCUGUAUCUAUACUUUUUUAAUGUGAUAUCUCAUUUAUGCAAUGUAUUUACUUUCUCGCUGGUAACAGUACUUCUGACCUGUAAUAAAUUACAGUACCAUUCCAAUGCCUGUUUGGUCUGAUCUUAUUAGAUGAGUGAGUCAGAUGUAUCCGAGUCCACAUGCUUUUGUCAUAGGAACUUGUUAAAAUGUACAGACAAGGCACUCAACUUUUGAUCUCAAGGUCAGAAUGUAAAGUUUAUAUUAAAGUAUUAACUGUUAUUAGUCAAUGUAAGCUCUACAUUGUUUAGAUGUUUUUAUAAAGAUGCAUUGUUCAUUUUUUUCAGUGUAAAUUGAUUUGACUUAAUUAUUUCUGAAUUUAAAGAUUUCCUGUAAGUAAAUGUAAUAAAGUAAAUUCAGAAUCAGC